GUAGUGUUAUAGUUUGUUUUGUAAUUUGUAGGUUAAGAUUUGAGCAGAACAGCAGAAGUUAAAUAUAAAAUUAUUAUUUUGUCAAACUUGUUUACUCUUAUGGUAAUAUGCCUGAAAAAAUAUAUGUCUAAUUUCAUUGUUUGAUUUGAAGAGAGAGAAAAAUUGUACUAUGUUACAAAAUUGUUUUCACCAGUGUAGGUGUUGAAGGCAUUAUGAAUGCUACGACAAUUACAAUGAAUGGUCUUGAUAAUGUACCGCAUUGCAAACGACUACCCUUCAACAGACAACGACAGCCGAGCACUGAUAGUGAUACCAGUUCGGAAGUUGAUAAUAGAUCAAUGGAAGGACCCGGUGCCAACGAAUAUAAGUUCAUCGAAAACUCACACUCCAAUAAAAUACUAGAAGGACUUAACGAACUAAGAAAGAGUGGGCAAUUCUGUGAUGUAAACCUAUCAGUUAGUGGUCAAAUAUUUCCAGCACAUAGGAAUGUGCUGGCCUCAUUUAGUCCCUACUUCAGUGCAAUGUUUAUGAGUAAAUUGGCGGAAUCAAAACAAAAUGUUGUGUCAUUAAAAGGCGUUGAAGUGGAAAUGCUCAGUCUUCUACUGGAUUAUGCCUACACCAGCUCAAUUGUUAUUACUAGGAAUAAUGUACAGUCACUGCUUUCGGCCGCCAACCUUCUACAAGUGUUGCCUGUGAAAGAGGCUGCCUGCCAGUUCCUCGAGCGUCACAUGGACUCGUCCAACUGCCUCGGCAUCCACUGUUUCGCCGAGCAGCACGCAUGCGCAGACCUCCAGACCAAGGCAAAGAGCUAUGCGCUGCAGAACUUCCUCGAGGUCUGCCAGCAUGAGGAGUUCCUUCAGUUGUUGCCGAUGAAGCUGAUCGAGUUGACUUCGAAUGACAAUCUGGUGGCCGAGAAAGAGGAGGCAGUCUUUCUCGCCGUCGCAAGGUGGCUCAACCAUAAGCACGAAGAGCGCAAGCUAGAUUUUCACAAGGUUCUGGAAACUGUGAGACUACCCCUGCUGAGUGUCUACUUUCUGCACGACUGUGUGGAGAGCAUGCCAGCUGUGAAGCAGAAUCCCAGCUGUUGUCAGCUGGUCGAAGAGGCAAAGCUCUAUCACCUGCUGCCCGAUCGUCGCCAGAUGUUCUCCUCAUCGAGAACCAAGCAGAGGAACAACGCUGACACCAUCGAGGUUAUUGUAGCAGUGGGUGGAGAAGACGACAAAGUAGUUUUACGUUCAGUUGAAUGCUAUUGUACCAAAACAAACACAUGGAAGCCCAUCGCCUGUCUGCCGUUUGCUGUUAGUAAACACGGUCUGGUGGCGUCGGGCAAGAACAUGUACUUAGCUGGUGGGGAGUUCCCUGAUGGGAGUGCUUCGCAGUCUGUGUGGCGCUACGACCCAAUCCUCGACUACUGGCAAGAAAUGGCAUCCAUGUUGGUUCCUCGCUCGGAACUCGGUUUGGCGAUGCUAGAUGGCUUCGUGUAUGCGGUUGGAGGUUGGGAGGGGGCCUACAGACUGGACUCUGUGGAGCGCUACGACCCAAGCGUCAACGCGUGGACAAUGAUCGAGCCCAUGAAGAUGGCCAUCACAAGCCCAGCUGUAAUUUCUCAUGAAGGAAUGCUCUACGUCACGGGCGGAGCCGUGCUGGAAGACGGUGACGGCAUAGCUCUGGUGCAGCGCUACGAUCCACGGGCCAAUGUCUGGACUGAGCUGUCUCCGAUGCUGAUUCCGCGCAGUGGAGCCGCCACAUGUGUGCUCAACGGCAUUAUUUACAUUCUAGGAGGUUGGCACGCUUCAACAGAAAAUACAAAUCGGGUGGAAUGCUACAACGUUCAAACAAACACGUGGGAGUUCAAGGCUACUAUGUUUGAACGCAGAUACAGGCCAGGUGUGGCGGUAAUGGACGGCAAAAUCUACGUACUGGGUGGUGAGGAAGGGUGGGAUCGCUACCAUGACUCUAUUGAGUGCUAUGACCCAGAGACCGAUGAAUGGAAGGUGACCGGUCAACUGCCCACGCCCAGGUCAUGGCUCAGCUGUGUGCCGCUCCAAGUAAAAAGAUCCGUCUGCAGAGAGAAGUCUUGACAAAGCCAAAGCCAAUCUUCAGUGUGGACCCUGGUCUAAUUCUCCCACCACUCUCUAUUUCAUAGUACAAUAAACAAAAUCUCAUUGUCAUAAAUAUCGGACACAAUAAUUACUUUCAAGUAUUAUUCAAUUCAAAAUCAAAAUUAGGUUCUUAUAAAGGAGAGAAGUAAUGUCUUUUAAUUUGACAGCUGUGAUUUUUUAUUAUACCUUAUACUUAUUUUAUAUUUCUUUUUUGGUAUUAUUUUUAUUCAUUGGUUACUAUCAUUUGUACCCUGAGUAAACUUAUUGAAAUGAAAUUUAAAAAUUCUUUAUCAGGCGGAGUUAGGACUUUUAUUCCUCUCUACCACUCAACCUCGAAAGGUUAUUAUUAUAAGAUCAUUAAAGGAAAAGAUAAAAUUAUCUUUGUAAUGACUGCCAUUUACAAUCUUAUUUCUGAUAAAUAUCUUAAGAUGGUUGUUUUCUAAAAUUUGAAAUAUUUCCCUAUGAGGAAUAUUGUAUUAUAUUCUAUUUUCAAUAGUGAAUAACUUUUGGUUCCUUUACAUUUUAUAAAUGUUCUGUUCAAUUAUUGUAAUGCUAACCAAUGCAUGUCAUUUUCUAAGUCAAUUAAAAUGAAACAAACAAAA